AAACUUUAUCCACGGCAAUUUUGCACGAAACGCGAACGUGUCUGUAUUAGGUUUUCCAGAACCGUCGAAGCCAUGCGUCUACUAUUUGGACUUCUACUAGCCGUGAGCGCCGAGGAAACGUACAGCCCCAACUGGGACACACGCCAGGAAAUCAUGUCCGUGUCGUUUUCCGAGUGCGUCUGCGCGAGCGGCGUCGACGUCGCGCUCGCCGAAAAAUGGCUCAAUCGUGUCGAGUUCUGCAACGAUCCGUGUUUUAAGUGCUUUUUAAAGUGUCAGUAUCUUCGCGCGAAUUUUAUGUUCCCCGAUGGCACCCAAAACGUAGAGCGGUUGGUGAACAGCUACGACCACGUCUAUGCAGACUCCAUACGCGCAUGCGCUAACAAAACUAUCACUUUGGAUUUAUGCGAACGGGCCUACGAGGUGGGACAAUGCAUAGUACAGGUGGUGUUGGGAACCCAUUAAAUCUUCUGCAGCAACUGGAACUCAUACGAACGUUGUAUACUAAUUGAGUUAACAAUAAAACGAUUUCUUGGGCACUACAUAAAUAAUUAGCUCCAAUGACGUC